CGGCAGCACACAUCAGCCAGAGGCAGGACGGAGCCAUCGCGCCGGGAUCGCAGGUUCGAGCCCCGAGGCCAUGGAGUCUGCGUGGGGCUGCAUCCUGCUGGGGGCGCUGCUGAGCCAAGCGGCUGCCCUGAGAUGUUACUCUUGUGAUGGGGACCAGAGCUGCCAGGAGAUGGAGGACUGUGGGGAGCAGCAGGGACGAUGUCGCACAACUGCCCUCACCAUGAUCUCCCGCUCCGGGGUCUCCGAUCGGAUCCAGAAGGGCUGCGACGAGCAGGGGAAACCCAACAAUUCCAUCUCCUUCUUCUCCCACGGGCAGAUUGUGAUGCUGGCGGAGGAGCACUGCGCGACCGACCUCUGCAACCAGGGGGUGCCAAACGCUCUGAGCUCCUUCCCCUCCAACACCAGCCUGGAUUGCCUCUCCUGCUCAUCCUCCGACCACUCCUGCUCCGGCCCCUCCUUGAUGCGGAUCCGGUGCCUGGACCCCCGGGAGCAGUGCGUGGACAUCACAGCCAUCUCCAUGCCUGAAGAGUUUCCCCAGGACGAGCAGCGUAUCAAAGGCUGCGGGCAGAUCUCUCAGUGCCAGGAGCCCCUGGGCUUCCACAACCAGGACAACUUCUACUUGCUGCAAUGCUGCAACUCCAGCCUGUGCAAUAAUGAUGCUCAUGAUUACCAGGAAUCCCCCCUGCCCCUGAACGGAGUCACCUGCUUUGCCUGCGAAGGGAACUCCAGCCAUGGCUGCACCCCAGAAAACAUUACCCGGUUGCAGUGCCGGGGGCCCAUGACCCACUGCAUGGAGGCUGUGGGGAGCCAUGCGCUGAGGGGGCCGGGCGCCAUGCUGAAGGGCUGCGCCACCCCGACCUGGUGCGACACCCCCUACACCUCCAUCUACAAGCGCCUGGCCGGGGUCCAGGCCCGCUGCUGCCGGGGCAACUUCUGCAACAGCCGGAUCCAGGCGGGCGCCCUCCCCCCGGCUAGGAGGAGCCAGGCCGGCCACGGGCUCGGGGCCCAGCCAGGCCUGCUCUACGGCGCUGCCCUCUUGGCCGUGCUCAUCCUGCUGCCCCACAGCUCCUGAUGCCCCGUGGAGAGUGGGGCGGCUGGGAGCCAGGAUUCCUGGGUUCUCUCCCCAGCUCGGGGAGGGGAGGGGGGUCUCGUGGUUCGAGCAGGGGGGGCUGGCUGUCCAAUGAAUCUGUUCUCCCCACGCACACACUGUGUGAGCCACCCCUGUUCCCCUGGAAUAUCUCCAUGGGUUUGAAGGUCUAUAAUUUAUUUUCCCAUUAGGCUAAGACCUGUCCAACUCAAUCCAUCCGCUGGGGUCCCUCCCCAGCCCCUCACUCCUCUGCUGGCAGCUGACAGGCUGCGACCCAGUGUUUUAUCAUUAUGAUGAUAGUUAUUUUAUUAUAAUUUAUGGUGGUUUUGUUAUUUCAUUAAUAAACUUUAUUUUAUUGUAA